CCCAUGAUGACCUUCGAACUUAUUUUGCCAUCGCGACUGUAAACACUGCGAUAAAAAGGAUAGUUGAUGUGAUUCUGUUUUGAAGGAUGAUAUUUUGCGCCCCAUCAUAUUUACGUGAGGUUGUCUCUCAAAAUGAAUCCGUCCAGAUUUAACUCAAACCUGAAGACAGCUCAGCUGAUGUUUGAACCGGUUCCUCCUUCUGAGAAUCGGCCACCUCAUCAUGAGUGUCCGAUGAUGCGACGUCGCGUUCAAAGCGCAAAACCAAGAAUCUCAACUUCUCAUGUUGAAAAGCGGGAGGACAAACUAAGCUACCUUGAGGUUAAAUUUACUGAGAGCAUGCGCCCUAAGUCGGCAUUCACAAACCGUGAAAGACUUAACGCCCCAACAAAUUCAUUCAAGGUUAAAGAAAUCAGUAGGUGCCCUCAAAGAAACUUCAAAUUAAAGACACUGAAUACAAAACUUAAGAAGGAUAUUCUUCCCAAGGAUGGGGUAACCCUUCAACCUGCCAUCUUUGGUCUUGAGAGGGGUACUUCAUCUUCAGAUAAGGUCAAAGGUGAUAUAGAAGAGCAGACAAAACAGUACCCAUAUAAAUUAGACUCCUCCAGUGCUGCAGAAUCUCAAGAAGAGAAAAUUAUUCCAAGUAAACAAUGUGUGGUUUCAACAAGGAAAAUUCCAUCUGGGGUUGCAAGGCUAACAGAAUGGCUCUUAGAAGAUGUUGAUGAAGAUAUAUGUGGUGUUAGCUCUCAAGAUUGCCUCAUUUUCUUACCUUGUUUACAUGUACAAGGAGAGAUGCUGCCAACGGUACCGCCACCUAAUGAUGAUUUAGAUCAAGAGAAAUGCAAACUUAUUCCAGCUCCAUACAAACCCUAUGAUCCAAAAGAUUUGUUCCAUUAUGAUGUGGCUAAACACAUACCCCCUGACCAUGUGUGUUCCCACACAAAACAUGGACAAAUUUAUGGCCCUGAUGGUAAAUUAUUGCAUGAUAUAAGGCAAUAUGGUGAAUCUAGGAGUUCCACUGCAAUACGAAAAGAAAUUCUAGAUCUUGAGAAACUACUUAAAGGCAUUGGAAACAAAGAGGGGUGUACAGUAGUUCAGUAUCAAAAUGAAAUCAACAUGCUACAGACAACAAUCAAGCAAACAUUUGAGAUGUGUGAUGAAUUACGCGAAGCAUGUAGAAAAAGGGAGAGUCCAGUUCCUGACAUGUUUGGAUUUCAGCAAUUCAGUCGAGAGCAUGAUGCAGUUAUCGCUCAGAUUCAUGCUCGGCGAGAAGCCUGCGUUGAAGAGCUGAGCAAGAUCGAAGCUUCCUUGGGGAUGACGUUUCAAAAUGAACUUAUCCAGACGUAUCAAGACCUCUAAUUAAUUAGUUAAUGGACACCUGCAUAUCAACACAGGUGAAAAAGCCAGCCAAUGGACACCACAUAUGAACAUCUGUUACCAGUCAGCCACUGAGCAUAUAUCAACACAUGUGAUUUAUCAACCAUUAGUCACCUGCAUUUGGUCAGUGGUUGGAGUGGAGUUGAAUAGCUUAGUGGUUAAGAUGCUUUCGAAGCCCAGGGUCCUGGGUUCGAUUCCUGUGACAGUAGGACUUUUUCUCACGACUAAAAACAACUCCACUCCCUAAGCCUCAUAAAGGGACUUCGCUGAUAAAAGCAUCAUAUUUUUUCAUUUAUUUAAGAGGGCCCCUGAAUAUCAGCCAACAUUCUAUAGGAUACAAUGGAAGGGACACCCUCUAUAAGUAUGGGGGAAAAAAACCCACUGGACACCUGCAUAUGAACACCAGAUUAAUCAGCCAUUGGAUGCCUGCAUAUAAUGUAUGGUUUAUAGUGCAUUGGACAACUGUAUUAUGAACUUGUGAUCAAACACCUGUGAUCAAUAUGUACUCAUUGUACUGUGUCUAUCCAUGGAAUAGAAUGGACAGUGUAAAAUUUUAAAACCAAUAACACUCUUGGGGGAAUCAAGAGCUACACCAACACCAAUACAAAUAUACUACUGUAUAUCAUAUUAUAUUUCCUUAUACUGUAUAGAGUAAAUAUACUGAUUUUAUAUUUAAAAUAAAUUGAAACUAUUGUGCAAUAACUAGAAGAGUUGUGGGUCUGUAACGUGAUGUGCCAGGUAGCAAACCCCAGGAUCUUGGGUUCAAAUCUUGUGGUACCAGGAUUUGUCCUCAUAACCAAAAAGAAGAAGCAACUCUGCACUCCACUCGUAAGCCUUUGAGACUACUGUAAUACCCUAUUCAGACUAGCAUCGCAUUGCGAUCGGUUUUAGCAAAUGAAAAAAAAACCCCAAUCGCAAUUCGCAAUCGUGUGUGCGAGAACUCACCAACAGUAGUCGAUAAAUAAUCAAUAUCGCAAUUGUUCACCAUUACAAUCUCCCGAUUACCACGGAAUCUGAUCGCAACAAAUUCCACCGGCACUGAUUGGCUGAGGUCAGUCAACAUAGGUUUAGCCAACAGGAGGUCUAUUAUAGUACCGUAUGACCGUCCGUUCCAAUAUAAAGUUUUUUGUGUCUGAUUUGGUCUGAAUGUGCUCGUUGGUUUAGAUUACCACCAACUACAUCGCAACGGAGUGUAGUCUAAAGAGGGUAGAAUUUAAAGAUCAUUGUUACAUUUGAUGAGUACAGUAUAUUAAAUUAAAAAUAGUGAGGGUGACAAUCAGUUUAAAUAAAAUAAUGUACAGUCAAUAUAAUCAUAUAUUUAUGGUCAGAAUAUAAUUCAAUGUUGUCAGUAUUGUUAAUACUUACUGUAUAUUUCCUGAUGAUGAUGAUGGAUAAAUAAAACAUUCAUUAUUUAUUA